AUGGCAGAGAUGGAUGAUGGUCUCAAGGAUGAGGAGGCGGAUGAACACAUGGUCAUGGAUGUUGACUUGGAGAUCCAAGAAGGAGUUUGUCCCGGAUGUGAUCAGGAGUUUGGAAACCCUGAUGAGGACUUGUGGUGUGAAUUUCAAAGGUUUCGAGCGAUGCGGAAAGCUCACUUGAAAGCAGUGCUGAAGAAUCCUCGAGCAAAACCAAGGCAUGAGGUGUUGGAUAUCACCCAUUACACCAAGAAACGGGAGAGUCGCUAUGUGGAUUUUGACGCUGAGUGGACAGAGUUGAAUGCCUAUUUCAGCGAGAAGGCACCAGACGAGGUUAAGCGCAAGAUCAAGACCACUGCUGCAAAGAAAAAUUGGAUCACCAAAGAUGACCGUGGCAUUGAUGGAGUGAUUGUGAUUCCAGAUGUCAACAAGAAGCGGGUGAGGAUUGGCACCAAGAUGUCCACUGAAUCUGUCAGGCAAUCUCAGCAUGAGAGUGGAACUGCCAGGGAUGAAGCCUAUCAGAAGCAGUCCAAGAAGCUGGACCUCCAGGUCAAUGAGCAGGCCUGCGGCCGGCUCAUCUUUCCCUUCACGGCCGAGGAAGAUCAAGCCCUUGGUGGCCCACUUGAGCCUGACGAGCCGGCUGACGAAGCUGACCCACAAUCUGACUCAGACUCCUCUGAUGCCGGUUUUGGACUCAUGAAGGAUUCCAAAGCCAAAUCAGCCGCCGCCCCCAAGAAAGGUGUCAAGCCCAGGCGUCAACCAGAUGAAACUGAGAAGCCGCAGCCGGCUCCUGCCAGGCCCAGUCGCUCUUCGCCAGAAGAGCUUCAGCAGAAGGGCGAGGAAUUGCUGAUGACCUUGAGAGGAUUCUCUCCAGUUGGUUUUUUCACUGGGGCACUCAAGGAGAAGGACUGGGACGGCAAGCUCAACAAAACUUUGACUUUCGUUGGCCAGUUGGAGACCUUUGACGAUGAGGAGUCCAAGAAUGUUGCCAAAGGCUUGCAACAGACUGCUGAAGAAAUUACUGACAGAAUGGAGACUCUCAAGGGUGUGAAGGGCCUUGAGCCCACUGGAUUGUGCUUGCAGACUAUCAGUGAACUGGCCAAGGAUGGUGGGGGGUGCAGCCUUGAUGAUGCUGGGAUCCUUCGCAUUCAGGGGACCUUGUUCAAUCAUUGGGUUGACCGAGUGAAGACCAUGUCAGAUGAGCAAGUUGAUUUGGUCUUGGGAUGCAUUCCUCUGCAUUUGUGGGACGUGGAUCUUGCAAGGCAGUGCGCAAAUGACCCAAGCGCGGAGACCCUGGCUGGUAGCACUGGAUUUUCCAACCGGUUGAUCAUUGACAUCCAGAAGGUCCUUUGGCAGCGAAUCAUUUCUUGCACCAAGCGGAUCAUUGAUGAGGCUGCGGCAGCCAACCUUGCCGCCACUUGCACUGGAGAUUUGGAAAAGCUGUUGGAGGGCCUCAAGGCCUUUGCUGGCAAGGCGGAUGAGGGUGUGAAGCAAAACAUCUUGAAGCAGAGCAGCCUUUGCGCACGAGCCACCGACAUCCUUGCGACUGCGAAAAAGUCUUCAACGGAGCAACUCUGUCAGGAUGCAAAAUUGUUGGAAGAAGCCAUUGCCAAUGUGAAGCAGGCUAUGGAUCAAGAUUUCUAUGACUGCAGCAGUUUGGUCACGCUUCUGGAUGCUUGCUGGAAAGCUGACAGUGACUCUGACAAAAGGUUGAAGAUUCCUCGAGACGGGUUUGAAUUCGAGGUGCUCCCAACUCUGCAGAGCUUGACGAUUGAAGGUGCAGUUCGUGGAAUGGUUCUACGUGAGAAUGAGACCAGCAACAUGAUCUUGGAGACUUUGGCAGGCAAGCUUCAAUCCUUUGCUCAGAUGGAAAAGGACUCUCCUGACUCUUUGGGUGCAUGUUGCGACCUUCAGAGACAGUUUGAUUUCUUAGCUGCAAAGACCUCCAAUUGGAGCUCGCCGCCAGAUUGGCUUCACUCCUGCAACCUGGCAGCAAGCCGCUUUUCCGCUGUGGUCAAUCAAGUGGCCUACCGCUGGGCUCUUGAAGCAGCCAAGAAGGACAUUGACAAGGCUCUGGAAUUUGUCACGGCGGCAGACCCACCUCCCAGCAUGGCUUCUUUGCACAAUUGCUGCGCGAUUUUCAAGCUCAAGCCCUUCUUGAAGAGCAUCAACUCCAAUGUUGAGAAGACCUUUGAGUAUGCAGAGCUUGGCAAACGCGUGAAGACUUUUGCCACCUUGCAUUCCCUCGACCAGACUUCCCUGAAAGAGAUCUUCCCUGAGAUCAAUUCAGACUUGGUGAAGUUUCAAGAUUUGAUUCAGAAGAAUGUUUUGGAAAUGGUGGAUCGGAUCAACGGCAAGAUGCGAAAGGCCUCAGAGACCAUGAAGAAUUACAGGCAGGAGUGA